AUGGCUGAUAACAUAGGAGAUAGAUCUUCAAAUAACGAUGGAUACAUCAAAGAACAAGACAGGUUACUUCCAAUAGCAAACGUUGGUCGAAUCAUGAAGCAAAUCCUUCCCGCAAAUGCAAAAAUCUCAAAGGAAUCUAAAGAAACUAUGCAAGAAUGUGUGUCCGAGUUCAUAAGCUUUGUCACGAGCGAAGCAUCUGAUAAGUGCAAGAAAGAGAGGAGAAAGACAGUUAAUGGGGACGACGUCUGUUGGGCUCUUGGUGUUCUUGGUUUUGACGAUUACUCGGGUCCAUUAAAAAUGUACUUGGAUAGAUAUAGAGCAUUGGAAGGAGAUAGAUCUUCUAAUCAAGAAAAGAUCAACAGUACUAGUGAAGACAAGGAUGAACCAUCUAAUUCUUCAUAUGGAGAAGCAUCUUCUUUCGCCAAAAGGUCUAAAACGGUACAAAAUAGUAAUACCCAUAGUACUUCAAGGCCAUUUUAG